UAGGCGGAGCGGGCUUGUUGGCCGCGUGCGUCAGGGCGUGAGGGGAGAGGCGGCUGCUCUUUCCCGGAGGUCUUCGGCCGCAGGGUGUAGGGUGGGCCUCCUCCCUCCCCCGCUCGCGCCGUUUGCCCUUUUUAUCGCCUUGCUCCUUUCAUCCCGGUCACUAGUUUUCUUUACUGUGUACUGUGUUCUGGACGGCGUUCUAGGUGCUGUGGGGCUAACAGAGUGGAUCUGAUAAGGACCCUCGCCCAGUAUCCUAGGUGUUUUAGGCGUAGGGAAGACGAAGAGAUAUAAUGCGAGGUGGAAAGUGCUAGAAGCCUUUAGAAAGCUACCUGAUUGGUGCGAUGGCAAUUGAGGAAAAGCAAGAGUCAGUCCACCCUUCGGGCACUCGACACAGUGCUGAGGCUUCAGGCCCUCAAGGCAGUUUUGAAAACUCAAACUUCUUUGAGCAGUGAUGUCCAGCCUUUGAGAGGACUCCUUUAUUCUGAAAGAUGUCCACAACUGUUUUCUAGUAUCCAGUUCCCGCCCCCUGCCUAGAUACCAGCAAGACAGAGUUCUGCCAGCUGACUGCCUUUGGACUUAAACUGCAGCUCUUCCCUGGGUCUCCAGUCUGCUGCCCUAUCCUGCAGAGUUUGAACUCACCAAGCUUCCACGGUCACGUCACGUCCCUCGGAACUCCGAGACUCCACGUCGGAGCCAGCCCUCGGCCCCCCUGCAGUCGGACGGUUACAGGCGCGGGAGACCUGGAGGCGGUGGCAGCGGCCCAGGAACUAGCAGCAGCGCCCGGGAAAGAAGCAGGAAGAGAAGAGUAUUGUCUCCUAGGAAUCCAGCCCUGGAGAAACGAGGAAAAUUCUUCCCAGGAUGGUCUCCCAUUCAGAGUUGAGGAAACUUUUCUGUUCAGCUGAUGCAGUGUGCUUUGAUGUUGACAGCACAGUCAUCAGAGAAGAAGGAAUUGAUGAGCUGGCCAAAUUCUGUGGCGUUGAGGAUGCUGUGUCAGAAAUGACACGACGAGCCAUGGGCGGGGCAGUGCCUUUCAAGGCUGCCCUCACAGAGCGCUUAGCUCUGAUCCAGCCCUCCAGGGAACAGGUGCAAAGGCUCAUAGCAGAGCACCCACCGCACCUGACCCCCGGCAUAAGGGAGCUAGUAAGUCGCCUACAAGAGCGAAAUGUUCAGGUUUUUCUAAUAUCUGGAGGCUUUAGGAGCAUUGUGGAGCAUGUUGCUUCAAAGCUCAACAUCCCAUCAACCAAUGUGUUUGCCAACAGGCUGAAAUUCUACUUUAAUGGUGAAUAUGCAGGUUUUGAUGAGAUGCAGCCAACAGCCGAAUCUGGUGGGAAAGGAAAAGUUAUUAAACUUUUAAAGGAAAAAUUUCAUUUUAAGAAAAUAGUCAUGAUUGGAGAUGGAGCCACAGACAUGGAAGCCUGUCCUCCUGCUGAUGUUUUCAUUGGAUUUGGAGGAAAUGUGAUCAGGCAACAAGUAAAGGACAACUCGGAAUGGUACAUCACUGAUUUUGUAGAGCUUUUGGGAGAACUGGAAGAAUAAGAUCAGUUUUUAUACAGUUCAUAACAACUUCAGGUUAAUUUUUAAAAGUUAUACAGUUUGAUACUGUUUGCUUCCAAUUGCAUAUUAGGACUUACUAUCUAAAUUUAGUACCGAUUAUCUGUACUUCCAAGUAAACUAUAGUUGGGGCUCAUAGAACAUUGUGGUUCAUUUUUUUUUUUUUUAACUGUAGUUCCGGUAUUAUUAUGACCAUUUAAUUACCUGGAGAGUAUUAUAAUUUGAAUUCUUUGUGUAUUUUCCUAGCUAUAUUUUAUUUGAAGGCUUUUGAAGGUGGAUAGUAAAUUAAACACCUUCAUUAUUGGAAAUAUGGAUUAGGCAGCUUUAAGUGAAAUUGGUUUUCCCUUUAUAUAUAAAUAAAAGUUUAUCCACAUAUCAGAA